CGAAAUAAUUGUCUCUCAAUAUAUUUUUAUAAAUCUGAAUCGUAAAUAACGCGAUAUGAGCUUAAAGAGAUUGAACGCAAUGCAUUUAAAGGAUACUAAAAAUUAUAACCUUUAUUGCAUCAACUUCCAUGGCAAUGGCUUGAAAUCCGUAAAAUAUGCAUUUAAAAAUAAGGUUAAAUCAGGCCUUAGACGUUCGGUGUUUAUACUCGAUCUAGAUGACCUGAAACAGCACCUAAAUAAUCAACCACGUUCAUCAAAACGCAAGAGCCACAUUAAAGAUGACUCUGGAAAUCAACUCAUGAUGGCAGUUAUGAAAGCAAUACACAACUUUAUGAAUGAUUUUGAUGUCGUCAAUAAGAAAAUCAAUGAAGAACUUAUGUUUGAUAUUUAUCAAUAUUGGCUAAGAGAUCUGGAAGAGAAACAAGCAACUCCAUUCACGGGAAAUUCAAAGAGUCUUAGGGACAAGAACUAUUUGAAUCCAACCGAAUCUAAAUCUGUCAAAUCAAAGAAGGCUCCGAAAAAGUCACGAGAAAAGGAUGCAGAAGAAAGCGAUUGUAUUACCAUGAUAGUAAAAGAACACAAUAGCGUAGGACAAACGGAAAAGCUAUCAAAACGAAAAUACAUAGAAGAUGAUCCCCCUGGUGAUAAUUUGUUUAUUGUAAUCAUAGGCCAAAUAACUGAAGAUUUCUAUUUGGAUUUAUUAAGGGAACAACAACCAAUCCAAGGAAUUAUUCACUUCUUGCCAGCUGAAAGUAACUACGACAUUUUGCUAAACAAUUAUAAGCAAAGAGAUGUUGUUAUAGAAACUCUUAGGGCAGUCAAUGCUUCUAUCUACGAAUCAAGACAAAUUGAUGCAAUGAAGUCUGUCGGUAUUUUUACUCAUCAUUUAAAUGUUAUAUCAAAAUGUUUGGCUGCGAAGCAUCAGAGGGAAAUUUAUGAUCAAUUGACCUGGAGUGUAUAUGACAUUGAAGUACUGCAUCAACAAUAUCAAACAUAUUACUUAAGACCUUUUCAAGAAAUCAAUGUAACCAUGUCUGAGCAAGUUGAUCUUACAGAACUUUGCCAUUUGCUCGAAUCUUCAGUUAUGCAGCAACGUUAUUCAACAGCUAGUAGUUCAGAUUGGGCAACCAUUGCAGCUUAUAUGGACAAUUUAUUCAAAAUAUGUGUACAACCCCACAAAGAAAAAGUGGGUGACUUCAAUGAACAACCACUGCUAAAAAUAACUCAAGCAAAUAAUAGUUUUGAAGGAUUUUUUACAUCACCCUUGGAAAGUGUUAUGACAGUGAAAAAUUUUAAUCGCCUCUUCAUAGAGGAAACCAAUGAGCUAUUGAAUAACUUGUUAGUCAAUACAAAUCUUCCCCAAAAAGAGAACAUCUAUGAUUCAUACAUGGAUUACAAUCUAUGGAAGAAUUAUUUCACUGAAACAUAUCGCGAUGAAUUAGAAGAUCAUACAUCAUCCUCCUUAUUUUUCGGUCACUUGCCAAGAUAUGUAAAAUUAUACUUGUCACAAGAUGGAUGCAAGCAGCGCAUUAAUAAACUCCUUCAGAGUUAUGAUGAUUAUCAAGUUUAUUGCACAGAGAAGAAUAACAAAAUAUACGCCUUCCGCAGAACUCUAUACAAGGUUUAUGAAGAUGAACGCUUAAUUGUUAUACCCAGUCGUUUGUGUUUUCGAGAUUUUGUUCUAUUUCAAAGGGAAGAGUUCUUGGAGAAUCUUGUAACCCCAGUAAUGCAUAAAAUUUCAAAGGAAGAGAGAAAAAGAACAUCAUUAAGCAAAAGAGAUGUUGAAAGUGAAAUCAAAACAUUACAAAUGGAGGAGCAAAUAUUCGUAAGACCCAAAUCGCUCAAAGCCUUGAAAAUUUUUGAAGAAAAAAGCUGUGAACUAUCUCAGACACAAGAAACACAUGAUCGUGACAUUCGAAGCAGUCGUCAAUCAAGUCGACAAUAUAACAAAAAACUUUCAGCAAGCAGAAACUCUAGACAACCACAAGAUUGGGUGGGUAUACCACCCGAUCAUCAUCUACUAAAAGGCUAUAAUUUGCCUGAUACACGGCAGGAGAUAAAACUGAAAACCUCCAAAUAUUUUUUCGAAAAUGGUUUCUUAAAACUUUACGAAGAGAAAUGGUGCUUCCAGGACAUGAAUAAAAAUUUAACUUUUGCAUUUGAUGAAUGCUCUCUAUUCUUCAAUGAUUCAGCUUCAUCGAAGAAAGGUAUAAGUAAAAAUAUUCUUGUGGAAACAAAGAACAAAAUCAAUAUCCGUAUUCUUAACGAACUGCAAGAAAGUUCGAAAAUUGUUAUGAACUAUCCCAAUGGACUGACUGUUUAUUAUCAAGAUAUGAAAUGUGAACAAAUUUGGCAAGAAGGCCAGUGUUUUAAAGAGGAGAAGCGAAGAAUUUUUACCCACAAUGGAGCUGUAAUUGUAUUCUUCGGCAAUGAUCUUAUAUUGAUAAUGCGUUAUAAUGGCGAAGUCUAUAAGUUGUAUCAAUAUGAAUUUGUUUCUGAAGAGGAGGACUUGGAUUCCUUAAACAAGAUAUCUGAUAGUCAAAGUUUUGAAUGCAAUGAAACUCAUAAACUAUGCAAGAAACACAAACCUAAAACUGCAUUCAACCAACACACCAAAAGGAUAUCUAGCAAGUUGUCCACAGAUAUACAUAUGUCUGCCUGCUAUUCCUUUUCGUCUAUGGAAGCAAAUUUAUUAGCUGUAAUUGGUAAUGAGCUCAAGUUUCUCCGUAACCUUAUGAAAUGGUAUAAGCUAAGUUAUAUACAUCUUGUUUUAACCACCACUCAGGGAAGACAAUUUCAUUUGACCAAAGAUGGAAAUAUCUUUGAGGAUACACCUUUGCAGUUGGAGGAAUGGCAUGACUAUUAUGCCAAUGAAAGUUAUGCUCAACGCAGUGAUGGUGUUAAAAUGAUAUGGACUAACGAUGUUUUGACCUGUUACCAUAAUGAUGGCACAGUUUUAAUCACCAGAACCGAGGAGAAAUUGGAAGUAGUAAACUGGAAUGAAUUUGAUAUGCAAAUCUCUCAAAGUUCUUCUCAUGUCUGUAGUGAAGAAGACUCUGAUCUUGUUAUAAAGAAAGAAACAUUCCUCACUAUCCAUGAACCCAAUACAAAGAUGGCAAAUCCUUUUGCGCAUGCCUAUUGGGAAAGCCCAGAGGAGUUGAAAUAUGAUGAUACCUUUGUAUGUUAUGCCUCCUCCAAUUGGCUAAUGCAACAUCACGACUAUGCUGGGGUUAUUAUCCGCUGUCGCAAGCCAUUUUCUUCCUGUUGUUCAUCAAUUUUUAUGGACAUUAUGGGCUUGGAUGAUAUCUAUAUUUACACUAUGGCUGCAUUACAGCAUAAAUUAGUCUCUUCGGAUGAAACAAGGCAAACAUGUGAUAUUUCAUCGCCGGACAAUGAUAUUGAAGAAGUUGGUUCCGUUAAUGUUUGUGUUGGAUCAAAUUUACAUAUGGCCUUUGAUGGGGAAGAUUGUGAAAUAUCCUUUUUAAAAGAUGGUGGAACUAACUCUUAUUCCGACACUCUUUGCUCAGAUAGGUUGACAUUGAAACUAUGCUUUAAGGAUAGUGUAACGGAUGUUUUCAAAUACUGUAUUGAUGAAAUUGAGAAAUUCCAGUAUUAUAAUAAUAGAUCAAAAAGCACCGCAUUGUAUUUUGUGCAGCAAACAAAUAGAGAGGAUAAUAAAGUCAAAGGAUUUGAAUUCCUAAGCCAUUUGCCCAAGCUAGGCCCAUAUUCGCACCAAGCAAGUAAUUAUAUACUUGAAGUCAAUCCCCUUAAAUCCAUCAAUGAAUCCAUGAAAAUCCACUACGAAUUCUUCGACAAUGAUAUGAGAAAAUUUCCCCGCUUUCCAGAGCGUAGAAGCAAAAGUCCCUUAUUGACCAAUGACUUUCCUAAAAUCUGCAAUACCACGGUUUACUGCAAAAUUCCCCCUUUGUUGCAAAAUAUUCAAGAUAUAGACAAAUUUUUGGAACCAUUCAAAAAUGUAAAUUUCAAAAAUUUACGCCAUAAAAUUAAAGAACUUCUAGAUAUUUACCUAAGACCACAAAUAAAACAAGAAGCAAUGCGAUUAUACAGUUCUAAUAUAUGGCAGAAACGCCAUGAAUAUCAUAAACAACGAAAAUUACAAGCACUUCAAAGAACAGGACUAUAUCAGGCAAUGCUUAAAUACAGCGUGUAUCCCAAUUAUUUCAAAUUUAUGAGGGACUAUAAAGGUCAUGUGUGCAACAUAGAUUUUUUCCAAUUUGUUGCACUGAAGUGUAAGAACGAUGAAGUUAAAGCUGAAGAAACUGGUUGGAAAAUGAAAAACAAUAGCAUCGUAUAGGAAAAGGUAUGAUAAGAAUACCCAAAUGCAGAAACAAAUUUCAUUGAAAAGAAAAAGGUAUGAGAAACUGGAAACUGGAAGUAUGGAGUGUAUUGGAAUUAGAAGGGCAAUUUGAAAUUAAUUUUUAAAUAUAUUUACAUCACCUUAA